ACACACCACACAAGUCAAAAUGCCACCCAAGAGAGUCAUCGUCGAGCGCGGCUACGGUUCCGGCAAGCGUAUUCAGAAGGGUUACUUCGCCUCUACCUACGAGACCCUCACGUCGCCCGAGAAUUCAGCGAUGGUCAAGGCUAUUGCUUCCUUUGGUGUUGGCGUCGCUUUCCUCUCAACUUCGUGGGGCGAGUUCCUGCUUCCUCCGCAAUAAAAUAACCGCUCGAUGUCUGUCGAUUGCUCGAAAAAAAAAAAAAGGGAAAAAAAAAAAGGCGCUUCUGUGACAGCGCAUCGAGGAUAAUGGGUUGCAUAAGCUCAACACGACCGGAUGUUGCGAUUGUACGAUAGAGAAAGGUCGGGAACAUCACUUGCGACGAUGAGGAAACGGCGUGAAGAGCCGCCAUCAGAUCAGAUUUAUUGGGGCUCACCUGGAAUAGGAUACAGGCGCACAUAGCCUGUCAACACGCAUCUCAAUUCUC